AUGCUGGUCCAUGAUGAUAGCAGCAUGGAUCAUGGGGAACUCCAGCGGUCACCACCUUCCCCAGGUGGUGUACCUGACUGGUGUGUGCAGUCCAACGGCUGGUCGGUCCACGUCCCCUCUGACGUCACUGGUGAGCUUGGGAAGAUGGUUAUCCUGCCCUGUACCUUCACACACCCCUACAAAACAUUUGACAGGACCCUCACUGCCAUUUGGAGGAUCAAGGAACCUUACAAUGGCACAGUAGUUUUCAAGUGUGUCAGCCAGAGUACCAGCGAGCUCUGCAAGACUGCCAUCAGCUACAAAAACAAAUACAAGCUGCUUGGCAACCCCAGGCACAAGGACCUUUCCAUCAGGAUUGACAAUCUGACCUGGAGCGACAGCGAGAGAUACUUCUGCAGGGUGGAGCUGUCUGGAGAUAUAAAGCUGCAUUUGAUUGCUGCCCCCAGGAUCAUCAACAUCAGCGUCAGCUCCAGCGGGGACCGCGCCUUCCAGGCACGCUGCACCGCCGAGGGGGAGCCGGCACCCACCCUGACCUGGACGGGACCCCCCCACAGCAACCUCACCUCCACCAUCAGCGGGAGCCACCGCGUCACCAAGGAGCUGCGCUCCCUGUCCCGCGUUUCAACAGCCAUGGGAGGGCAGAGGGCGCCGUGUACUUCUACAGGUUCAAGGCGUACAACAGCUCCUUCUUCCUCAUCCUCAUCUUCGUGCCGCUGGGAAUUAAAGUGCUCGUUUUGCUGGUGA